CCCAGCAAAUUAAUCACCCCAAGAAAACAAAAAGAAGAAUAAUGAUCAAAUUUCAGUUCUUUCUCAUCUAUUUCAGGCCGUCGUGUUCUUCCUUCAACAACACUGUGAUGGAAAAGUGAUAAUGGAAUACAUAGGAGCCACCGGCCUUCCCGUGACCUUUGAUGCAGUCCCAAUCGAAGACGGUAUCGAUUUCUGGAUAUCCAAUGCAUUUUUGUCUCUGAAAUCCAUUGUCGAAACCUACCAUCUUGACGGAGUUGACAUACAUUACGAAUCAUUCCGGCGACACAACGAGAGCUUCGCGUAUUGCAUUGGUGAGCUCAUCACCCCCCACAAGAACCAAAGCGUUAUCGACUAUGUCAAUUACCAGUUCUAUACCGAUAAGGUGAAGAACCCCAGAGAUAAAAUGGAAAGAUUUAGGCUUCGUGCCAUGCAGUUUGAUGCGGAUAAGUUGUUGCCGAGCUAUAAAAUGAAUGGAAGAGGGAUACAAGGGGAUGCAUUUUUUGAUGCAUUGAGUCUGGAGGAGGAAAAUGGGUUCGAAGUUUAUGGGGUUAUGAUUUUCUCUGCCGAUGCUUCUUCCUCUAAUGACUAUUAUUACGAGAGGAAAUCUCAAGCUUUCUUGCUCAAUUCUACUAGAUCAAUGGGAUGUGAAGUGUUCAGCAAUUAUUAAUUUAUUCCAAAUAAUUGUUUGAGAUGUCGCUCUUAAUUACAAAUAAAUAGAUAAAGGAGGU